ACCUCGACGCUUGGCGGAGGCGGGGAAGGCCCGCGGGCGGUGCCUCAGGCAGGGUUGGCGCUGAGGGGAGAGGGCGGGGAAAAGGCGGUGAAUUGAGGGGAAAGCUGGAGGGGCGGGAAAGGGGCGGUCGGAACAUGGCGGACCAGAUCCCGCUUUACCCGGUGCGUAGCGCCGCGGCGGCCGCAGCCAACCGCAAACGCGCGGCCUACUACAGCGCCGCGGGGCCCAGGCCGGGAGCCGACCGGCACAGCAGGUACCAGCUGGAGGAUGAGUCUGCGCAUUUGGAUGAAAUGCCACUAAUGAUGUCUGAAGAAGGCUUUGAGAAUGAGGAAAGUGAUUACCACACCUUACCACGAGCCAGGAUAAUGCAAAGGAAAAGAGGACUGGAGUGGUUUGUCUGUGAUGGCUGGAAGUUCCUCUGUACCAGUUGCUGUGAUUGGCUGAUAAAUAUUUGUCAAAGAAAGAAAGAACUGAAAGCUCGCACAGUAUGGCUUGGAUGUCCUGAAAAGUGUGAAGAAAAACAUCCCAGGAAUUCUAUAAAAAAUCAAAAAUACAAUGUGUUUACCUUUAUACCUGGGGUUUUGUAUGAACAAUUCAAGUUUUUCUUGAAUCUCUAUUUUCUGGUAAUAUCCUGCUCACAGUUUGUACCAGCAUUGAAAAUAGGCUAUCUCUACACCUACUGGGCUCCUCUGGGAUUUGUCUUGGCUGUUACUGUGACACGGGAAGCAAUUGAUGAAUUUCGGCGUUUUCAGCGUGACAAGGAAGUGAAUUCACAACUAUAUAGCAAGCUUACAGUAAGAGGUAAAGUGCAAGUUAAGAGUUCAGACAUACAAGUUGGAGACCUCAUCAUAGUGGAAAAGAAUCAAAGAAUUCCAUCGGACAUGGUGUUCCUUAGGACUUCAGAAAAAGCAGGUUCGUGUUUUAUUCGAACUGAUCAACUAGAUGGUGAAACUGACUGGAAGCUGAAGGUGGCAGUGAGCUGCACGCAACGGCUGCCGGCUCUGGGGGACCUUUUUUCUAUCAGUGCUUAUGUUCAUGCUCAGAAACCACAAAUCGACAUUCACAGUUUUGAAGGCACAUUUACCAGGGAAGACAGUGACCCGCCCAUUCAUGAAAGUCUCAGCAUAGAAAAUACACUGUGGGCAAGCACCAUUGUUGCAUCAGGUACUGUGAUAGGUGUUGUCAUUUAUACUGGAAAAGAGACUCGAAGUGUAAUGAACACAUCCAAUCCAAAAAAUAAGGUCGGUUUGUUGGACCUUGAACUCAAUUGGCUGACGAAAGCGCUAUUUUUGGCUUUAGUUGCCCUUUCCGUUGUUAUGGUAACCUUACAAGGAUUUGUGGGUCCAUGGUACCGCAAUCUUUUUCGGUUCCUUCUCCUCUUUUCUUACAUCAUUCCCAUAAGUUUGCGUGUGAACUUGGACAUGGGUAAAGCGGUGUAUGGAUGGAUGAUGAUGAAAGAUGAGAACAUCCCUGGCACGGUCGUUCGGACCAGCACUAUCCCAGAGGAACUUGGGCGCCUGGUGUAUUUAUUGACAGACAAAACAGGAACCCUCACCCAGAAUGAAAUGAUAUUUAAGCGGCUGCACCUGGGUACCGUGUCCUAUGGCGCCGACACGAUGGACGAGAUCCAGAGCCAUGUCAGGGACUCCUACUCACAGAUGCAGUCUCAAGCUGGUGGAAACAAUACUGGUUCAACUCCACCAAGGAAAGCCCAGUCUUCAGCUCCCAAAGUUAGGAAAAGUGUCAGUAGUCGAAUCCAUGAAGCCGUGAAAGCCAUCGUGCUGUGUCACAAUGUGACCCCUGUGUAUGAGUCUCGGGCCGGCGUUACUGGGGAGACUGAGUUCGCAGAGGCUGACCAAGACUUCAGUGAUGAGAAUCGCACCUACCAGGCUUCCAGCCCCGAUGAGGUCGCUCUGGUGCAGUGGACAGAGAGUGUGGGCCUCACGCUGGUCAGCAGGGACCUCACCUCCAUGCAGCUGAAGACCCCCAGCGGCCAGGUCCUCAGCUUCUGCAUCCUGCAGCUGUUCCCCUUCACCUCUGAGAGCAAGCGGAUGGGCGUCAUCGUCAGGGAUGAAUCCACGGCAGAAAUCACAUUCUACAUGAAGGGCGCUGACGUGGCCAUGUCCCCUAUCGUGCAGUACAAUGACUGGCUGGAAGAGGAGUGCGGAAACAUGGCUCGCGAAGGACUGCGGACCCUCGUGGUUGCAAAGAAGGCAUUGACAGAGGAGCAGUACCAGGACUUUGAGAGCCGAUACACUCAAGCCAAGCUGAGCAUGCACGACAGGUCCCUCAAGGUGGCCGCAGUAGUCGAGAGCCUGGAGAGGGAGAUGGAACUGCUGUGCCUCACCGGUGUGGAGGACCAGCUGCAGGCAGACGUGCGGCCCACGCUGGAGAUGCUGCGCAACGCCGGGAUCAAGAUAUGGAUGCUAACAGGCGAUAAACUCGAGACAGCUACCUGCAUUGCCAAAAGUUCACAUCUGGUGUCUAGAACACAAGAUACUCAUAUUUUCAGACAGGUAACCAGUCGGGGAGAGGCACAUUUGGAGCUGAAUGCAUUUCGAAGGAAGCAUGAUUGCGCACUGGUCAUAUCUGGGGACUCUCUGGAGGUUUGUCUAAAGUACUACGAGCAUGAAUUUGUGGAGCUGGCCUGCCAGUGCCCCGCCGUGGUGUGCUGCCGCUGCUCGCCCACCCAAAAGGCCCGCAUUGUGACACUGCUGCAGCAGCACACAGGGAGACGCACCUGCGCCAUCGGUGAUGGAGGAAAUGAUGUCAGCAUGAUUCAGGCAGCAGACUGUGGGAUUGGGAUUGAGGGAAAGGAGGGGAAACAGGCCUCGCUGGCAGCCGACUUCUCCAUCACACAGUUCCGGCACAUUGGCAGGCUGCUCAUGGUGCACGGGCGGAACAGCUACAAGAGGUCGGCGGCACUCGGCCAGUUCGUCAUGCACAGGGGCCUCAUCAUCUCCACCAUGCAGGCUGUGUUUUCCUCAGUCUUCUACUUCGCAUCCGUCCCUUUGUAUCAGGGCUUCCUCAUGGUGGGGUACGCCACCAUAUACACCAUGUUCCCAGUGUUCUCCUUAGUGCUUGACCAGGACGUGAAGCCGGAGAUGGCGAUGCUCUACCCGGAGCUGUACAAGGACCUCACCAAGGGAAGAUCCUUGUCCUUCAAAACCUUCCUCAUCUGGGUUUUAAUCAGUAUUUACCAAGGUGGCAUCCUCAUGUAUGGGGCCCUGGUGCUCUUUGAGUCCGAGUUCGUCCACGUGGUGGCCAUCUCCUUCACCGCGCUGAUCCUGACUGAGCUGCUGAUGGUGGCGCUGACCGUCCGCACGUGGCACUGGCUGAUGGUGGUGGCCGAGCUCCUCAGCUUGGGCUGCUACGUGUCCUCACUCGCUUUUCUCAAUGAGUAUUUUGGUAUAGGCAGAGUAUCUUUUGGAGCUUUCUUAGAUGUUGCCUUUAUCACCACCGUGACCUUCCUGUGGAAAGUGUCGGCCAUCACCGUGGUCAGCUGCCUCCCGCUGUACGUCCUCAAGUACCUGAGGCGCAAGCUCUCUCCUCCCAGCUACUGCAAGCUGGCCUCCUAAGGGGCUGUGCACCCCUGGCGGGCUGGCCCCAGCACCUUCUGCCCUUCCCAGCACCUUCUGCCCUUGCCAGUGAAUGCAGGGUUUGCCAUUGCUACCAAGCAAGCACCACGAGAAAGGCAGGGUACGCCAGGCGAGCCCAGGGCACAGAUGCUGGGACGGCCUCUCCCUCAGUGUGGGGCUUCACCCCUGCCAGGCGAGCCCAGGGCACAGAUGCUGGGACAGCCUCUCCCUCUCAGUGUGGGGCUUCACCCAUGCUUUUCUUUCUUCUUUUGUAUUGUUUGUCAAAAUUGUAUUUCCGUAUUGACGCAGCUUGAGUUUCUACUGAAAAUGAGCCCAAAUUAUUUCGCUAUUACUGUAAAGGGUUUAUCUUACUCUGGCAUUCUGAAAAUUAGAAUGAAAGUUUAAUUUCUGCAGUUCCCUAACAUUCAAAUUCUUUCUUUGAUGUUAUAACACAAAGUCAUUCCUACUCAAAUGUAAUAAAAUUGAGGCUCCACGGA